GAUUUUUAAAGUCAGAAGCAACAAUGGGUCAUAAUCAGUUAACUGACCCACUUUCCACUCCUACUAGUAUUAUUAAAAGCUCCUUCUUUUUCUUGUCCUUCUUCUGCAGUAUCUGUCAAUGGAAGCUUUGAUCUUCAAGAUCAGGCUUCUUAUUCUUGCUUUGGUUCAUUUCAGAUCUCAUUCAGGUCCAAUAUCCUUGGUGAAACAUUUUUCUUAUAAAGACAUAAAGAAAGCAACUGAUUGUUUUAGGAGAGUUGUUUAUAUCUCUUCCAAAAGAGUUGCUUACAGAGCCAAAUUUCGAAAUGGCCGUGCUGCAAUAGUGAAAGAAGUCCGAGCUGCUGAAGAUCAGGAUGAUACUGCCUUCUACAGGGAGGUACAGAUACUCGGUCGCUUGCAUCAUCGACAUGUUGCUGCACUUAAUGGAUUCUCUAGUGGCCCUAAGAGGUUUUUAGUGUUUGAAGAUAUGGAAAAAGGAAGUCUGAAGGAACACCUCUCUGAUCCUCUGAAGACUCCAUUGAACUGGAGAAUAAGGUUGCAGAUAGCCGUUGGCAUUGCUGCUGCUGUGGAAUAUCUCCAUUUCUUUUGUGAUCCGCCUAUGUACCAUGUUUCAAUCAGUUCAAGUACCAUCAUGCUGGACGAGAACUUUACAGCUAAACUCUGUGAUGUUAGCCUUCUUUCUUCUGAGAGCAACAUUCCACCACCGAAAUCUAAAUGCUCGAAAGAAUGUAGAGAUGAGAUCUGCAAACAUACAAUCUACCAGCUUGGUUUAUUGAUUCUUGAGUUAGUCACGGGUCAAUCCUCAGAGGACGGAGGCGUUGACUUAGUUCAGUGGGUCCAAGAUUCUCGUCUCCGGAGAAGGUCCAUUCACCAGAUGAUAGAUCCGGAUCUAGGAGACAGCUAUGAUUUCAGAGAGCUCAAAGCUCUUUUGGCAGUUGCAAAGAUGUGUGUCCAAUCCAUUCAUAAGCCAACAAUAAAAACACCUCAAAUUUUGUGGUUUCUACAAAAGAAACUGGGCAUCAGCCAAGGAGUUCCCCAAUGACUGGAUAUUUACUGUGAUUACCAAUACUAAUAAGAGAUUGGAUUACAUUGGUCUCCUGCCUCAAGUAGCUGAAAAACUUGGACGAAUCCCCUCAUUUUUAUUUCUCAAUUUGUUAAAAUUAGCAUUGUAGAUCAUUGCUUCUGUAAGUACACUACACACUAGAUUUUUUCUGUAAUUAGUCUUGGGGAUUAUCUAGAAUUCAUUAGUCCCAUAAGCACUCUUUAGCCACCUUCAGUUGCACGUAAGUCUAUUUUGUCAGUUUGUAGAAGCAGAAACAAGACACAUUGUGCAUACCUUGUGCAAAAUCAGAUGUGAGUUUAUUUCUUUUUCC